AAACUGGACACGCCCACAUAUUUUCCUGUGAAUAUAAACAACCCUGUCCUGCAGUUUCAAUUUAUUUGAAAAGCCUCAAUUUAUGUGAGAUAAAGUUUUGCUUUAUGUCAAAGGAGUCCUGCCAGUGAAAUAGAAUCGCUGCCUUAUCCCCAGCAACCAUGAGUGAGAAAGUUGCAGAUCACCAAGUCAAGGAUUGCUUGGUUCAGCUGAAAUGUCACUUUACAUGGGAACUGGUAAUUGAUGACAGGGAAAUAUUUGAUUUAGAAGGCAGGACCUUGGAACACAUUGAGAGUCUAGACAACAAGAACAAUGUGGGAAUGUACAACCUCCUGGCCUAUGUGGAACACCUAAAAGGUCAGAAUGACAAAGCUCUGCAGAGCCUGAAAGAUGCUGAAAGCUUAAUCCAGAAAGAACACACUGAUCAAUCAGAUGUGAGAAGCCUGGUGACCUGGGGCAACUAUGCCUGGGUGUAUUACCACAUGGGCAGGUUGGCAAAUGCCAAGAGGUACCUGGACAAGGUAGAGAAUGUUUGCAAGAAGUUUUCAAGUCCCUUCCGCUACCUGAUGGAGUGCCCUGAGAUGGACUGUGAGGAAGGAUGGGCCUUGCUGAAGUGUGGAGGACAGAAUUAUAAGCAGGCUCAGGCCUGCUUUGAAAAGGCUCUUAAAGCAGAGCCUGAAAACCCCGAGUUUAACGCUGGAUAUGCUAUUGUCACCUUUCGCCAAGACUGUGAUAAAAGUAAUGUAAUGUCUCUAGACCCCCUGAGGAAGGCCAUAAGGCUAAAUCCAGAUGACAUAUAUAUCAAGGUUCUCCUUGCAAUGAAGCUUCAAGAUAUAGGAAAGGAAGCUGAAGGAGAAAAGUACAUUAAAGAAGCCCUGAACAGUUCAUUUCAGACCUAUGUCUAUCAAUAUGCAGGCAAAUUUUACAGAAGAAAAGGCUGUGUGGAUAAAGCUCUUGAGCUGUUUAAGAAGGCCUUGCAGGCAACACCUAACUCUGCCUCCCUGCAUCACCAGAUUGGGCUUUGCUACAAGGUGCAAAUGUUCCAAAUAAAGGGAACUAACAAUACACGGAACAGAGAAAUUAUUAACAAAUUGUUACAGUUGGCUAUAGAUGAGUUUCAAAUAACUAUAGCUGACAGGCCCACAUUUGAGAUGGCUUAUGUUAACCUGGCUGACGUGUAUGCAAAAAUAGGCCAGUAUGAAAAGGCAGAGGAAAGUUUUCAGAAAGUGUUACGCAUGGAGAAUAUUGCUGAUCACUUACAGCAAGAGAUCCAUUUCCGUUAUGGCUGUUUCCAAGAGUUCCACAAGAAAUCAGAAGACAAGGCAAUCACUCAUUAUUUAAAAGGUCUCAAAAUAGAAGUAACAUCCUUUUCCAGAGAUAAACUUCUAAAUGCAUUGGAUAAAUUGGCUAACAGACGAGUUCAACAGAAUGUUCACGUUGUGGAAAGCAUCAGCCUCCUUGGGCUGGUCCAGAAACUGAAAGGGGACACAAAUGCGGCAUUGCUGAGCUAUGAGAAGGCUCUGAGGCUCACUGAACACCUGAAUCCUGUGUUUUGAAGGACAACACACCUGUACUGAUGUCACAUGUUCGUUGCUAAAUGUAACAACAAUCUCUUGUAGUUGCUGCCUCCAAAAAUAUUAAUGCACUAAAUGCAUAUUAGUUCAAUACAGCAUAUUCUCCACUGCCUGCCCAGCCCACAUUCUGUCCUUCCCAUUAUGUGUCUUAUGCCAGGAGCAUCAACUUGUCAGCACGCAUCCCUGCGCUUGUUGACUAUGGAUGAUUCAUGCUGCUUUGCACACCUGUCAGCAACUAGAUCAACAAGAAUAGUGUUCCUUGUGGAUAUGUAAUAGAAGUAAAGAGCUUCCUUCCUUAAUCUGUUGGUGUACAGAGCAGAGGACACUUCCAAAGGGAAGUUGUUUUUUUUUUUUUUUUCACGUGUCCUAAAGCCUUGUAGUGAAAGCAAUUUUUCUUUACACAAGUCUCUUCUGCAUUUUCUGUCCUAAGGAUCUAUAUAGCCCAGAUACGUUGCUUGACAUUUAUUUAUAGCAAGCGUGGCCCUUGAUAAAUGCAUUUUAAAGUGGGAAAAGUGAAUAUGCAAGCUGAACAUGACACAAAUAGGUUUGUGUAGUUUUUAGAGGACUAUUGGGUAGUUUGUGUAAUAUAAUCUUUUCCUAACCCCCAAAUACUCACCCAGUAAGUGUACUGACACCAAAAUUUACUUUAAGUAUAUUUGGGCAGAUAUUUUUAAAAAGUGGAUAUUCUGUUGAGGUAGGAGAUUAGGGCAUGCCAAGGAGACUGGACAAAAGGGUAUGACAGAGAGCUGUCUAGUCACAGCACAGAGUAAUUUUGCUGUGCUGGAAAUGACAUUAAAGAAGGAUAUAAAAGACGGUGACCACUGAGUUCACAGCUUCUGUGGUCCCGUUGUUCUUGGAGUGAUCCAUCCUCCAUUGGUGUGUGUCUUCACUUUUCUUAAUUCUUCUUGUACCUCACUUUUUCUUCCCUUCUUUCCCUUCUUCUUUUACUUUAAAUAAACAUUGAAUAGCAAGUUCA